AAAACUUCUCAGGGCAUAGAUAUAUCCAAAAAUACAACAGAAAAUUAUGUUAAACCUUCAAACAACUAUGUUCCUGAAGUAGAAAGUAUAAGUCCUAAUGUAGCUAAUGAAACUAAUAGCUACAAAAAAACAAGACCAUACUUAAUGAUUGUAAACAACUACAUUAACUGA